GCAGUCGGAGGGAGUGCGCGCGCAGGUCGGAAUAGCCCAACAGCCACAGGCCCUUGGCUGAACUGUAUGUGAUUUAUUCGGUAGUGCGCCACGGGUUCGGCUUGUUGUCGCGCCGUGCUCCGCCUGUGUGGGAAAGACCUCAGAAUUUCCAGUGCCGGGAAACGGCCUGGGAGCAGGGCAACGGUUGUGGAUAUCUGUCAGACUGUAGGUUGUUAGGCUUAUUUGUGGCGGGCUGUCCAGAGCUAGAAACCCCGUACUGGUGUGGACGCCGGCGUAAACGCCUCAGCUCAGGGCCCUUCUCGAUCUCAGAGCGUGAACUGAUGGAGGCUGAUUUUUCGGACAUACUCACCAGGGCCUCCGUCAAAACAGCCGGUGCAGUUCGUCAUGUAGGCUAGAAUUGUGAAAGUGUAACACUGUUGUCCAUCCAACAUCGUCGUCGUUCAGUCCGUGCAAGUGGUAUGGCUGUCUGUUCAAUGAUUUACGGGUUUGUGGCUGCAGUACAAUCGUGAGUAAGUUAACCGUUCGAAGGUAACGGGAGUUUCGUAUCUGCUAUUUUUAACCUUGUUCCCCAUUCCCCUCCCCCCAUCAAGGCUGUCACUGCUGGCAGUGGUCGCGCAGUUCCCAUGUGCUCAGACAGCACUACCGAAUUACAGGGAAGGCGAAAGAAGCAGGGGUGAUGACAAGCCGACACAUCAUCGCGAACAGCACAAGAGAUAAAGGGAUUCAGUUCAGAUGAUCUGGGCUAGAAUCGCAGGCGUUAUUUGCACGGUAUGUCGGGCGUCUGCAGUGACGCCGGCCUCCCCUGAGCGAGCGCUCUGACCGGGUCGGACAGGCUGACUGGAACACCGUAACUCUCUCCUUGCAGAUUUCCCUGGAGAGCGUCAACAUGGCGAAUUCCAAAACUGCUGAGAGUAAUUCCCAAAAGGGCGAGGCUGUGUACAGCCCAGCUUACGACACAGAAUUGGUGAAAGUAGUGGUGGAAUCCCCUGACAAAAGUAAAACAAAAGUAGGGGGUUUGGUAAUCAAGAAGAACACAAAAAUUCCACUUCUUUUUGAGAGGGCCUCCGGAGCAUGGUGGGACCCAAAGUUUGACUCUCCUAUUCUAGAAGAGCAAGUCUUAAAAAGUUAUUUUCCUCAAAUUAGGAAGAGAUUUCAAUGUGCACUGUACAUUAUUAUGGCAGGAUGUGUUGUCUGGAGUGUGUUUCUACUGCCCAUGAUGCAGGAAAAUUGGAUUGUCUUUCUUGCAGGGGCUGUAUCGCUGUUAAUUCUAACUGCUCUGACAGCCCUGUUCACACGCUCAAGGUACUACAAACAAUUCUACCUCCAGUCAUCUUUGGCGUAUGCUGUAUUACUAUGUGUUCUUCUCUUAGUUGCUCAGUUUGCAUUCGCUUGUCCGGACAUCACGCCGGUGGGGACAUUUACUGGAACAGCGGAAGUUUUACUUCUACUGUACACGGUUAUACCGCUACCAUUGUUUGUGGCAGUGCUGACAGGUGUGAUGUAUUCGAUUCUGUUUGAAGUCUUAACAUCUGUGUUGCUGCAGAGAGAAAUGCCCAUCAUCAUUGGAAAAGUUCUCUUACACCUAUGUAUCCAUAUGGUGGGCAUUCUUAUUUUUAUAACUUUACAAGUUCAGAAGCGAAGCACGUUUUGGAAGACAGGCCAGUCUGUGAUGGCGCAGAGAGAUUUACAGGUGGAGAAACAGAUCAAAGAACAGAUGAUUCACUCCCUUAUGCCGCCGUCAGUUGCCAAGGAAGUCAUCAGCAGUCGAGACACGAAAGGUGAACCCGAAGAAGUGAAAAACAGAAGCUACAAAUCGAAACCGAAGCCUGGUGAUUCUAAAGUGAAGGGGGCUAUUAUUUUCAGGCCUUUUAACAUGAACAGUAUGGAUAAUGUUAGCAUUUUGUUUGCAGACAUUGUGGGUUUUACCAAAAUGAGCUCAAACAAAACGGCUGCUCAUUUAGUAGGUCUUCUCAACGAUUUGUUUGGAAGGUUUGACAAACUAUGUGCCAAGUCUGGGUGCGAGAAAAUCAGCACCCUGGGGGACUGCUACUACUGUGUGUCGGGGUGCCCUCAGCCCCGGGAAGAUCAUGCCAAGUGCUGUGUGGAAAUGGGGCUGGGCAUGAUCAAAGCCAUCAAGGAGUUUGAUGAGGACAAUGACGAACAGGUGAAUAUGAGGGUAGGCGUGCACACUGGCACCGUGCUGUGUGGUAUUGUUGGGACGCGGCGCUUCAAGUUUGAUGUAUGGUCCAAUGACGUGACCAUGGCUAACACCAUGGAGUCCACAGGGUUACCUGGGCGAGUGCACAUUUCUGAGGCAUCCUACCAAUUCCUGAAGGACGAUUAUGAAGUUGAGGAAGGAGAGGAACAGGAAGAUAACCGCACAUUUAAAGUCCUGAUUGAGCAUUACGAUACCGCCACAUCCAAGUUUGCAGUUCGUCAUACAGAGGAGGAGAGAAAAAUUAAGACGUAUUUCAUUGUGGGGAGAAAACACCCAGAGAUAGCGACUAGUGAACCGAGUUCACCACCUGAACAUCACGGAGAUGUGAGUGUAACCAUUGACGACACAGCGCUCUCUGACCAGAGCGAAGAGAAAGCCGCUUUGAUGACCAAAGAUCAGCCUCAGUCGUCUCAAGAGGAAAAAAAUAGUGGUGAGACGAAAGGGGAUAACAAUGGAACUCUGGUCCCGGUACAUUCAAACCACGUAGAGUCUCCGGAGGCCAAUGGUGUUUCACCAGCGGCGUUGUUAGGCCGCAGACAUAGCAGCGGAUUCUAUGCUACAAGUGAACUGUCCCUAGAUCAGAUAGGCAUCUCGAAAGAUGAGUCUGACGACACAGGAAUUACCCUAAAUGAGAAGUGGAAGAAGAUUCGCAUGCUGCGUGAACAAAACGAUAUCCAGCUCAUCAAGUGUAUCCAAGAAGACAUUAAGAAUGAUGAGUACUUUUACAACCCUCCGAUCAACUUCUGCACACUGAACUUCAUCAACCCGGAGACAGAGGACCACUUCUGUCGUCACUAUAAGGAAGCGUUUCAGGUGACGAAAACAGUGGCCUCACCGAGGUUCCAGACUCUCAUUGAAAUGACCGUCUCCUUAAUCGUCUACAUCCUGGUUGCUGUUUGUUGUUUCAUGAUGUUUGGAUUGCAGACUGCCUGGGUUGUUGUUUUUGUGACAUCUAUGGUGAUUGAGAUCGUCGUCUUCAUUCAGUGGUUCUCGCGUUGUAAAGGAUUGGGUGACAUGAUGUCUAACUGGUGGGUGCGUAACCUCACCGGGGCUAUCCUGGGGUGUUUGCCUGCAGUGGCUGUGUACGCGAACUUCUCCUGCGGACUCAUCACAAGCGGGGUUGGAGUAGAGCGAUUCUAUUGUUACUGCCUUGUUGUCUCCCUUGUUCAUUUCUGUAACUUUACAAUGCUAAGCUCUUGGCUCAAGUCCUUUUUGGCAGCAUUGACGGGCAUAGUUUUGGUGGUCUUGUUAAGUGUGCAGCUCUGCCCAGAGACUUACAAUAUGGUCGUCAACAACACAUCGAUCAGUGCGAAUCUCUCCCUCAGUGAGCAGCCUCUGUUUGGUGGUCAUCAUCGCCUCCGUUUUGAGAUCAUCAUCGAUGUAGCACUUCUCUUGCUUCUCAUCUGGUUCCUGAACCGGGAGUCAGAAUUCAGCCACCGCCUGAGUUACCACGUCGACUAUCAGGCUGCCCGAGAUAAGGAGCAGAUGCAGGAGAAUCGAGACCAGGCAGACUGGCUGCUGCACAACAUCAUCCCACCCCACGUGGCGGAACACGUCAAGAAGAUGCCCAAGUAUUCCAAGAACCACAAGGAUGUCGGGGUCAUAUUUGCAACUAUUGUAAAUUUCAAUGAGUUUUAUGAUGAGUCGUACGAAGGUGGUCGUGAGUACCUCAGAGUCCUGAACGAAUUGGUCAGCGACUAUGAGGACUUGUUGGACAAGCCUGAGUUCAAGGAUGUGGAAAAAAUUAAAACUAUAAUGAGCUCCUUCAUGGCUGCAUCUGGGUUAAACGAACAGAGUCGGGCACAAAACAAGCACGAGCACGCCCACCUGGUCGCCCUCAUGGACUUCUCAAAUGAGAUGCUCAAUGUGGUGAAGCGCUUCAAUGAAAGUAUCUUUAAUUUUGAGUUUGUGUUGAAUGUUGGAUUUAAUUACGGGGACGUAACUGCUGGUGUCAUUGGCACUACCAAGCUGCUCUAUGACAUCUGGGGGGACACCGUGAACAUUGCUAGCCGUAUGUACUCCACAGGAGUGCCUAAUAGGAUCCAGGUGCCCGAGACCACAGCGAACCUGCUGGGGGAUGUGUUCGAGUUUGAGUAUCGCGGUGAUAUUUUUGUGAAAGGUAAAGGUGACAUGAGGACAUACCUUAUGGUGCAGAAGAAGCCUGGCAUGCACUGGGAUUAGUUUCCAUGGAGUUGUCCACCCUCGGGAUGUUUUCACUGGCAGUGUCCUCCAGGGGAUGUCUAUUGUUAUGUAUACACGCUGUAUCUAUGUAUACAGGGAUGUGUAAAUGUGCUGUCCGUCGCAUUCUUCUCUGGUGAAUUUUAUUUUUGUCCAUUUGCUCAAUUUAACUUGCAUACAAUACAUGAUGUGGAGUGAGAACUAUCAGCAGAGUUCACCGUUCUCGCCUUACUCCUUCUGUGGUGAUCAUCUUGUAUAGCCUCAUCCUGAUCCCCUUCACUCCCCACUGGCUGCUUGAGUGUGUGCUGUAGUCAUCUUGAGUGGAGAGUUCUCUGAUCUCAAGGGAGAUAACUGUGUAGCAUUCAGGACAUUGGCGACUACCCUAAUGAUUUAUAGUAUUCAUGAUAUUGUUAUUGCACAGUCAUGCCCCGAUGACACAGUUUGCUAUUCUCAUAGUAUGAAUGAUGUGUGGAUUAAAACCUCCAUAACUGUGCUAAUAUAUGAUGCUGUGAAUUGCACUUGCCAACCUGUUGGUUGCUAAGCAGAGCAUGGGUUGCUGUGUUGUACACCUGUAUUUUAAUGUACAUAUGUGACACAACACGUGCUACUUUGGUACAUAGACAGUUACCUGUGUUGACAAGAUUAGACAAGAAACACAGGUAAAAGUGUGUAUAACGUCUGUAUAUGUCACUUCCGCACAUUCAUGUACAUGUAGGGCGUACAACAUUUGGUCAGUUUGUACAGCACCUGCAUAUCUACCUACCGGUAUACAUGUACAUACAGCAAAUUACCUAAAGUUUCGCAUGUCAGUUACUGUUGUUUACUUUCGCAUGAUCUGAGCAGGUGGCAAGAUGACAGAAGAGAAGGAUUAGCCCCCAGCUUGUUUCAUUACCCUGCAUGCAGCUCUGGUUGCUAAUCCUCGCCACAUGGGGUGUGCAGGUCUCCCGCCUCAUAGGCCUACAUGUACAUCUCUAAAUAUACCCAUAUUUAUUAAGACAGAUGAUGUCAACCCUUUAAAUUCCAAACACUGUCUGAAAGCAUGACCACGCCAAACAAGGGAUGUUCAUGCUCAAUGUACACUACAGACGAAACGACUGUUAGACCUAUGUGGAAAUCACCUCACACCGUUAUCUGAUGAACGGUUCUCUACCGAGAGCCGCCAUUACGGAGCGAAUAUAUGUACAAAUACAUUUAUCUAAAAAUGAAUUUCAUGGAGAAAUAUCUGUCAUCAUCUUCUCAUGUCCAUUUAAUUCCUAUUUAGUAUGCCAGUCAAAAUGCACAUUUUGUUUCUUGACAGUUGGAACUGUCUUCCUAUUGCAGGAGACUUCCUCUCCCUGCAUUUUUAUAUGUUGAACCUCCAUUAAACACAGAAAACAUAUUCCGUGCAAGGUUUCUGAAAACUACCACCAUUAACUUUUACCGCUUUACGGUAGCACUGUGUGUGAAUCCAGCAUAUCGGGAGACAGGAUUUGUCUGAGUUCUUAUCACAUAAGGAGGUCGCACACUGUCAGUGGCUUCAUAAACAAAAUGUUUUACAAUUUCCUGUAUACAGUUUUGCACAGUGAUUUACCAGUGACAGAUUAUUGUUUUGCCUGUCCCCAGCAAAAAUCAUGUUAGUUCUGUUAUUGUCAGUGCAUGGCUUGUAUCUACAUGUAGAUAAAACCAAUGUGUAUGACUAAAAUUUCAUCUGAGGGGGCUUGAUUAAGAAUUAUGUAAAUUAAGUAUUCAUGUUUACGAAAUAUGGGCGGAAGUCUUUCAAAUUACACAAGAAUAAACAAGAAAUGCUUACCUGCAGCUGUGCACAUGCACGGGUGUAGGUGUCACGUUGAUCGCAAUUUGACAUCUUCAUCUCGUCUGCAGGUAGACCUACUUUGAAAGUACAUUGUUUGGGUGUGCUAAAUUCUUAUACAGCUUUGUAUACUAAGAGCCCUGCAGUUUAGAAACGGACAUUUGACAUGACACUCCGCAUGCGUAAAGGUACUGGGUGGUCACGCUAAAUCUCAACAUCCCAAAUCCCAAAUUCCCAUUCAUCACAAAAUAAUGAUAAUAAAACAGUGAACCUGUUGCGAAAUUCAUGUACUAAAUUCAUUAUGAUUAAAACUGAGGACAAGAUGGACUGUGGGUGAUAGGAGCAUAGCCUAACUGCUCAGUGAAGCGUGAACUUAUUACAUUCUUGAACCCUCAUUAUAAUCCCCUGACUGCCCCUGAUGCUCUCCUGUGUCGCUCAGUCAGUAACAACCACAAACAACACAGUGAAUCUUGGGAUACCCUUUCUGAGUCCCAGGGUGAAACUUUAGGUCAUUUACCGUGUGUAUAUAUACAUGUAGACUACAAAUAAUUAUUUUGAUAUCCAGGAGACUGAGAUGCAUCUUUUGUACAGGAACUGUGUAGUGAUAAAUGUACUGUUGUCCGCUGUCAAGUAGUUCUGUAGGGCGUGUAACAACUCUCUGAUUCUUGACCAUGAUUUACAUGUAAAUGGUGAUAAUCUUGUUCACCCAUGUAGCAGUGAUUGGUAAUACUUGCAUUGUACCUGUAGGACCAGUAGAAAGCAAAUCUAGAUUAUAUGCAUGGUAUUCAGUGGCAGGACUGAGGGUGGAUUAAGGGUGUAAAAGAGAUUCUUGUAUUUGUUAACACUAAGAGUUAUCUCCCUUCAAAUACUGAAUGCUGUGCUCAGGAUUUGUAUAGAUGUAUAGAAAUAUCUUAAUUAUACCCGAUUUAGACACCCUUAAACUUUCCCUCCAUUCGUUUUUGACUGAAGUUCCAUAUCAGAAAUACUAUUUUUUUUGCCUUGUUUUAUGACCUACUCAAAAAUAUUUCACGGACAUGUAUAUGCCAGCAUCCAGCAUUUUGGUUGGUGGAAAUGUGCAGAGCCCGGGGAAAAUCCAUGACCAUCAGCAGGUUGUUGAAUAAUACACUGAGCAACAGUUCACGCAAUGCAUGAUGGUAGAAUUUCUUACUGGAAAACAUUCAGCUUUUGUAACAAUUUUGAUUUGCUGAUAAUGAAAUGCACGUAAACAAAUGAAGACAGAUUAUUAGAAUUUAGUUAUCAUGGACUGUCGUGUGUAUACUUUUGAAUUAUGAUCUAUUAUUCAGAGAAAACCCUUUUUUGAAUUAUUGCCAUUUUUAAUCUCAAUCAUGCAUCCAUUCUCUUCAAUAAGUAAAGCAAAACCAGAAUUAAGGUGAAACAAUUUCAGUGAUUUAAGAACCUGAGUUGCUCAUACGAAUAGAAAGUUAGAAAGUUGGAUCAAGGCUCUACAUUGCUCUGCCAGUACAUCAUGUAUAUGGAGCUGAAGAAGUAGUUCUCUAAAACGUACCUUUUUUAAGUUCUCUUAAGGUAACUGAUUCAAGAUCCAUCUAAAUUCUUUGCUAGACAGUAAGCAUUGCAACCGCUGUAGUUUUUGCUUAGACUGUUGGGAGAAAAUUAUGGGUCAAAAUGGUCAGCAUAUGUUUAUGUUGGUUUCAGGGCCAUUAAUCCUGUAUCCUCUGAAUGUAUAUUAUAGCUAUCAAAACUGUACAGUGGAUUUCAAUUAAUAAUCAUUGUGCAGAUCUGCAUACCAAAGAUACACUGUAAGGUGUGUAGGAUUGAUUUUCACUCAUUUUACGUUACUUUGAUACAAAUCUGUGUCUGUAAGGAGCAGAACUCCCAACAUUAGUGCUUCCCUGUACAUCAAUUCAGAAGGCUUGAAUUAUUUUACUGCAAACCUGUACAAUAGUUGCAUGAGAGUGAAGGUAUUGACUUAUGGCUGCCACGAGAUGUAUGGCUGCUAUGGGAUACAUGUCCAGUAUGGCUGCUAUGGGAAACAUGUCCAGUAUGGCUGCUAUGGGAUACAUGUCCAAUAUGGCUGCUAUGGGAUACAUGUCAUGUAUGGCUGCUAUGGGAUACAUGUCCAAUAUGGCUGCUAUGGGAUACCUGUCCAGUAUGGCUGCUAUGGGAUACAUGUCCAGUAUGGC